CUCCCACUCUCACACACAGACGACUGCGAGUGAAAAUGAAACUGAAUCCUAUCAGUCCUCGUGGUAAAAUGGCAGAAGCUAAUGUCGCACUGGAUCAAAACCAGUUCAGCUGUCCAAUCUGUCUGGAUCUACUGAAGGAUCCAGUGACUAUUCCCUGUGGACACAGUUACUGUAUGAGCUGCAUUAAGAGCUGCUGGGAUCAGGAGGAUCAUGCUGGAGUUUACAGCUGCCCCCAGUGCAGGCAGACCUUCAUACCCAGACCUGUUCUGGGUAGAAACACCAUACUGGCUGAAGUGGUGGAGAAACUGAAGAAGACUGGACUACAAGCAGCUACUCCUGCUGACCAUUAUGCUGGACCUGGAGAUGUGGAGUGUGACGUCUGUACUGGGAGAAAACACAAAGCUGUCAAGUCCUGCCUGGUGUGUCUGGCCUCUUACUGUGAAACUCACCUCCAACUUCACAAUAAGCUGCCCCGCACAAAACAACACAAGCUCNACAACACAAGCUCAUUAUUGCAGGACAAGGUCUGCUCUCACCAUGACAAACCCCUGGAGGUCGACUGCCGUACCGACCAGCAGUGUGUGUGUAAUCUCUGUAUGAUGUACAGGUAUGAACACAGAGGCCAUGAUACAGUCUCAGCUACUGAAGGAAAAGCAGAGAAACAGGUCAGGCCAGAAACUUUAACAAAUUAUUUAUGA